CGCUCCUGCGAAUGUUCAGCGGGCCAUGAACAUGGCUUUUCAGAAUUUCGUAUGGAAGACUCGCCUGGCGCAGAGCAUCAUCAACUACUGCGUGAUUGUGUACAUGGAUGACAUCUUGGUGUAUUCGAGCUCCUACGAAGGACACGUGCAACACAUCGAAUGGGCACUACAUGCAUUACGAGAUGCAGGUUUCAAGGUGGCGCUCGAGAAGUGUCAGUUUUUCCUCACCACCAUUUCCUUCCUGGGGCACGUGGUGACAGACAAAGGACUCCAACCGAAGCCGCAGAAGGUGGCAGCUGUCAGGGACGCGCCAGUGCCUACCACUAUCACGCAAGUUCGCGCCUUUCUGAGCAUAGCCUCGUAUUACCGAAGAUUUAUCAAGGGCUUCGCGGCGAUUGCGGGACCCCUCACAAAUCUCCUACGCAAGGAUCAGCCGUUGAUCUGGACGCCGGAGUGCGAUCAAGCGUUUUCCAAACUCAAGGCUGCUUUCAUUUCGGGUCCGGUCCUUAUAAGACCGGAUCCCGAAAAACCUUUUGGUAUCAUCACCGACUGGCAGCCAGAGGCGAUUUCGGCGAUCCUUGCCCAGGUGGGACCAAGCGGACUCGAGAGUGUGGUGGAGUAUGCGUCCAAAUCAUUACCCGCCUGCAAGCGCAACUACGCCGCUUCGACGGGAGAAUGCUAUGCGGCUCUCUGGGGAAUCAGUCACUUUCGUGCUUACCUAUACGGGCGAAAGUUCACCCUGGUGACUGAUCAUGAGCCCUUGUUGGCUUUGAAGAAGUCGAAGGAUAACUCGGGCAUGAUUGGGCGAUGGGCAACGAUGCUGCAGAGCAUGGACUUUGACAUCCGUCAUCGGAAGCACGAGAGACACGAGAAUGCGGACGGACUGACACGACUGCACCGGCCUGAGAAACUUCUGAGGAAUGAGGAGGUGAUUCUGUGGAACGAACCCGAACAGGAGAUUGGACCUCGGUACGGCGAAGUGACGUGGACGGAUACUAGCGAGCAUUCCACGUGGAUCGAGAAUCCGAAGUUGUUGAUCAUACAGGGUUGGAGGACUAACGUGGAAGGUGACCUUAUUGGAUUCCUCUUUGGAUCGGUACGACCGGGUCGCCGUCAGUUGAUUGCACAGGAGCUCAUCGCACCGAUCGUGCAAUUGGUGGACGAUCUCUCGCCCGACAUCUACUUUCAGAGUGACAACAGUCAUGCUCCAUACAUUUUCGACCGAUCCUUGGAUCCGUACCUUCAGUGGACUUCGUGCUUGGAGGAACCUAGGGACGAGGAUACACUACCAUCGCGGCAGGAGUAUCUGAAGCCGUACGAGAUCAUCCCUUACGCCUUCCACCCGAGGGCAGAAGAAGUGGUGAUCGACGACGACGACGAAGAAAAAGAGGAGGACGACGAGGAAACAUCGGAGGAGGGAAGCUAUAGUGAACAUAGUGAGGGCGAGCUGAGUAAGGAAGAAGAGGAAGAAGAAGGAACCGGGUCCGAGUGGGAAGUCCCGUCGGAGGAAGCGCACGGGAACGGAAGCGGAAGAUCCGGAAGCGGCGUGGAAGCGCAAAGAAAUUGCCGCCGGGAAGCGACAACUGGCCUUCGCUAGCGAGGCUAGCCUGCGCAUCGGUAACGAUCCAACCAGGGAUCCGGAGCCGCCGAGGCCCGAAGA